AUGCCCGCCAUCUUCGCCAGUCAACAAACCCACAACCAGCAGCAGCAUCAGCAGUCCUAUUCGAUCAUCAACCAUUUGAGCAACUACGGCCAACAGCAGGAGCAGCAGCAGCAGCAGCAGCAGCAACAGAUCCACAUACAGAUACCCACGCAGGCGACCUACUUUGCUCCUGCUUACUUUGUGCCUGCCUAUCCAACAACGGGACCAGGACCAGUCGUCACAUAUCCUACUGCAGUCACACCAGCAGCAGCGGCAGCUUCAGGAGUUGUUUAUCCAAAUGUGGGCACACCAGCGGCAGGGGUGACCGAGAACGAACAGAAGGAGCAACGGAAACAAGUGCAACCCCAACGCCAGGAACAGCUCAAUCACAACAGGAUAGAAUGGCAACGAGUUGGGGCCCAGGAACAACAACAACAACAACUGGUGCUGGCGGAGGUAGAGGUGGAGGCAACAACUCCCAGGAUGCUGCUGCUGCUGCUGGUGGUGUUGAUGAGAUGCUGCGUGGCACUGGCGGAGGUGGAGGCAGAGAAAUUGCCCCCGAAAGAUAAGAUGGAUAAUCUUCCCUCCGGUAACAACGGAUGCUGA